AUGUCGGUGGUGUGGUCAUCCACUAUAGAUUGGCGUGAUAUAUGUUUAAAGCCUAAGUUAGAAGGAACAAAGUCCGUUACGAGUGCUCUUCGAAAAGCUGUUCAUUGUAAUUCGUUUUGCUCUUGGUCGGCUAGAACGAUAGUCCCUGUCGAAAAUUGUCCCAAGAAUGAAAAAAGUACCAGUAUUCGCGCACAUAUCAAAGCAUGUGAACGUCUUGCAGAUGUGCAGAAUUGUACAACACCAUCCAAAUUUAAGUACCAUUGUUUGUCUACACAGACACCUGGUAUAUUAGUAGAAAUAUGCGCUGCUGAAAUGGAUAUAAAUGGUGUAUGCAUGAUAUAUAACACUGCCCUGGGAAGACUACAAACAUAUGAUAAUGUGAACUGUAAAGAUAUCAUUCCUAAAUGUCCUGAUAAUUAUUUGUCUACAGUUGCGCACCUCUAUGCACCUUGCUACCAAUUCGUGGAUAUCUUUAACUUUACAAGAGGAAAUAAAAGAAAUAGAACAAUCGUUGGAGAGAAAGAAAAAAUUACAUUUCACGGCAUUACGUAUCUUGCCAUUGGAAUAACUGGUAUUGUUAUGUUUGGUACGUUAGUGAUUGGUAUGAUUAUUCUAAGGACAGUGAAACAUAGAGGACGGGGAAAACGAAAAUGGAGAAGAAACAAAUCAG